AGUAGAACUGUGGAACGAACGAACACGAACGAUGCCGAGAAUCACCGAGUCCUCUUCCUCCUCCAAUACCUCUUCUUCCCCUUCGUGGCUUCGUAUUUUCCCUCUUGUUCUUCUCUUCCCUCCGCCAAUUCCAGGCAGUUCUAGCAAAAAGGUGCCUCGGAUGAAUCGGGGGCUCCAGUAGGGAGAGGAGAUGAUCACUCGAGCGAAGCUGGUGGAGCAGCUGAGAGAGCACCAGAUCCGGUCGGCGCAGUCCUACUCCGCCGCCCUCGCCGUCUUCUCGCCCAGCCCUCACAUCGCCUCCAGGCGGGAUCUCAAGGUUGCUCUCUUCUAUGCUAUCUUGUUUUGUUUUGUCAUGGUGUCCUGCUAUGUUGCCCUUUACUUGAGAUGGUUCAGACUUUCAGCCAUCUUUGUAGUUUUCGGAAUUCUCCUUCCAGUAGGUCUCAAAAUAUCUAGGCAUAGAAGGCUGAAGAGGAAAAGAGAAAGGAGAUUGUUGUUACCUUUGUCCAUGUGAAUAUAUUUUUGAUAUCUUGUAACAUUGUAGUAAAACCGCGCAACUGCAAAUAGGAAAUUGCCUGCUUUACUUAAUUUACAGACAGUUCAACUUACACCCAAAUGUCUGAAUGUAUUACCUAUUCUGUUUUGGUGCAUGCACAUACAUAUGCACCAACACCCUUGUCUCAGUUUUUGCCCAUCUUUUUCGAGCUUUGCCUUUGAAAGGUAAUGCUACCGUUAGAAAAUUUCUGAUAGUGAAUCUUUGGAUA